AUGAAUUACUCAAAUAUUGAAAAAGUGUUUGUAAAUACGCAGUUUAGAAACUACAAAAUACUAAAACAUACCGUAGAGGGCUAUGGUAUCGGAUUGGUUGUUAUAAACAAUAAAGUGUCUAGAAACAAGAUACAACAAAGUAGUAAUAAUUUAAUGCUCAGUGCUUUAGAAUUAACAUCGGUAGUCGGACUCAAAGCGUUAAUCCCUAUUUUAGAUCCAAUUAAACCUCGAUUACAAGUCACUAUUAUAACUAAAUGUGAAAAACCUCUUCUUGGAUGGAAUGUAUGUGCUUCGAAAAAACCAUCUCAGUAUAAAAUUUGUCACCAAGCACAAGGUACACCUCUUCUGGUACGCGGACGAGUGAUAGGAAUAACAUCACAAAUUGGUCCACAUCAAUGUGGAAAGAUGCAAAUCAUAUUUAUGGCAUUAGAACCAUAUCACAACUGGAUAAAAUCAAUUAUCAAUAAUGAAAAUGAUACAACGUAUAUAAUCAAUGACACAGUAGGAGAUUUAAUACUACAUGAAAAUGAUAUUAUACAAGUUACAAAACAUGUAGUGGACUCAAAAUUAUAUUACUUUAGAACAGGAAAAGAUAGUUUAAAAGAUGAUAGUUUGUUAUCUUCUAUCGAUGCUGGUGCUAAAGUUAUCAAAAAUACUACGACCACGAUAAUACCAUUGUCAGAAAAAUCCACUCAAAUCAUUCCUUUAACAAUAGCAACACAGAAAGUAACGAAUCACAAAAAGAAACUUUUAUCGGUAAAUAAAAGUACUAAAAGGUUGUUCACAACAAAAUCUACGAAGACCACACUCAUGCCAAUAAGUAAAAAAUCAACUAAAAAUUCGACUUCAAAAAGCAACUGGCGUUCAUCUACUACAAAAUUUACGAAGAGACCAAUAAGUACAAACACAACAAAAUUUUCGUUUUCACGACGUGACGGGCCCUUGUCUUCUAUAACAUUUACGAAAACUACACCGAGGCUGACAAGUAAAAAAACCACAAAAGUUUCAACAACAAAACGCGAUCGGCGCACUGCAAUCACCGCCAACUUGGAUAUUUUGACAGCUACAUCUACCAGUCUGCCCUCAGUAAGACAUUAUGAAUCAUCUACAUUAUCUUCAUCUGUAAGUCACAUCGAUAUGAAAGUUGCUCCACCAACAACAAAUGUCAUGCAGUGGUUUAAAGAAAAAAUGAAAAAGAAACUUGUGAAAGGCAGUCCCCCCGUUUUAAUACUCACCACCGCAGCAACGGAAUAUUAUUUUGAACACACACCUUUUGAAGAUCUCACAAUGUUUUCUCUGUCUAAAACGCGAUGUCAUAGAGUCUACCUCGCCUCCCUCAAAUCAAAUAUCUACUGCUGGCUCCAGACUCUCGCGAGGCACCUCCUAGAAGCUCACGACACAAAUCUUGACGAGUGGAGGAUGCAGGAGUGCUGGCCUUAUACAUUCUCGAUUUAUUCAGUGGCCCGCUACGUCUAUUACAAGAUGGACAUGUCUAAAGUGACUGUGUUAGCUACAUUAUGUGCCUACCAAUUGUGCUGA